GGAAAAGAGGUGGGGCUACGCGCACACUCGCGCGGACGGUCGGAACGGUCUGAGGCCCAUGUGGAGUGGCAGCAGAAGCAGCCUGACUGCCACAUCUGGAUCGAGAUCUUGGGCCCUCAGCAGCUAUGAAGGGUAGCCGGAUUGAGCUGGGUGAUGUGACACCACACAACAUUAAGCAGUUGAAGAGGUUAAACCAAGUCAUAUUUCCUGUCAGCUACAACGACAAGUUCUACAAGGAUGUAUUAGAGGUCGGCGAGCUUGCCAAACUAGCCUAUUUCAAUGAUAUUGCUGUGGGCGCAGUGUGCUGUAGAGUAGAUCAUUCUCAGAAUCAGAAAAGACUGUACAUCAUGACACUUGGAUGUCUGGCCCCUUAUCGACGGUUAGGAAUAGGAACUAAAAUGUUGAAUCAUGUGUUAAAUAUCUGUGAAAAAGAUGGCACCUUUGAUAAUAUCUAUCUGCAUGUUCAGAUUAGCAAUGAGUCAGCAAUUGAUUUCUACCGAAAAUUUGGAUUUGAAAUCAUCGAAACAAAGAAGAACUACUACAAAAGGAUAGAACCAGCAGAUGCGCAUGUGCUGCAGAAAAGUCUCAAAGUCCCCUGUCUUGGCCAGAACACAGAUAUGCAAAAAUCUGACAACUGAGCAAACCCCAGGAAACCCUUUCUUGCACUUUCUUGUCACCAAAUAAGGAAAGAAGGCCUGGAGUUUUGGUUUUUUGUUUCCUUUUUCCUAAUACGUGCUGUACCUGUCCAACAAAUUAAUAACUUCCUAAGGAUUGUCAAAUUGUGUGUUUUUAUUUUAUAUCUCUACUUUGCAUUCUUUGGGAUGAAAAUAGUACUCAGUUUUAAUGGAGGGAGGGAGAGGAGGCUUCAUAUGGUCUUCCAAAGGUCAAAAUUUUCUUCAGCAUGUGUGAUCCUUCUGCUUUUCUGAUGAAGGACAAAGUUUAAGCAAUACCUUGCAUCAGUGCCAUAUUGCUUUUCCAAUUUGGAGGUUAUUUCUCUCUAGUUCUGAACUUGAUUUAGUAAGUUUGGCCUUGUUGAUCUUUGGAACAUACACAGACAUCAGUCUUAUGAAAAAGUGGUUUAUUUGUACUAAGUUUGGCCAGCUGAUGUUUCUUGACAGGUGUAGGUGACAAUCCAAAUGGGUUAUACCAUCUUUCUCUCAUCCUCUGAUUAUAUACAUUUCAUGGGGAAAGGUGAACAUGCCUUGGCUCUGGCACAGUGGAGGAACAAAACAUUUAAUGUUGUUAAAGAAGGUGACUAUUUAAAAAAAUAAGCUUUGUUCUGAAAACAGCUCUGCUGGUUUGCUGAAAUUAGUUACUUAAGACAGAAGAUGGUUAAAACUGUAUUUUUCUUACACAUUUAAAGAUAUGACUUUCAUCUUUAAAAAAGAAGUGUUGUAAAACACCAAGAAGCAUGGUUUAUUGGGGGAGCAUUGUAAAGAUUCAGCAAAUACCUGGCUUUCUCCUAACAACAUAUGAGAACUGUAGCCUACUUUGCUGAGCUCUUGCUUUGUAUUUUGUUAUGCUCUUGUUUGCAACUUCAAUUUUAGCUGGCAUUCAGUACUACAAUGUCAGAUUCAGUUUAUUCUUUUCAUUUGGGGAAAUGUAGCUAGUGGCAGUGGUAAGAUUCUACCCUAUCACUUAAAUCAAUAUUAAAAUGUAUUUCUUUUCUGUUUUUGAACCUGAGCUGUAUUUUGAAUUUUUCUGCUUUGAAAAAGAUUUUUUGGGGAUUGUGUGGUUAUAGUGUAAUCUUGUGAUUUGAUAUUUUAAUUUCAUUGUGAUGUUGAAUUGGAAGCAAAGGAAAUCAAAAUUGGGAAAAUUCAAUUAAGUUGCAUUAUGAAGCAUUUAACUGCAAAGGAACUGGAAAAACUAGAAUAUUUCAUCAUUCCUUACAAUCCUAGCAGAAGAUCCUGAAUGAGUAUUAGGAUCAAUACAUUACAAACAAACUUUCUCCAAGCUACAUAAUUCCAGUUAAAACAAAUAUUAAGCUUCUCCUGUAGAGGCCUUGAAUUGGAAAGAUUUUCAUACUGAUGUUUUGGUUAUAGUUUGCAAAGUUUUAUAUUUUAGUUUCUCAGAAAUUGUCUUCCUUUUACAAAGAGGUUGAAGUGCAUCUUGAGCUUAUGUGCCAGCACAUCUUCCCUUAUUAGUGGUAGAAAAGCAAAUCGUUUGAAGAAGGUUGGAGACAAAUUAGUAUUAGUUCAUAACUGCCUUCUGGUGCUAAGGAAAAGGUAUAUAUCCCUAUUCCAGAAUUGAAAGUUGAGAUUUGAAAUGAUUCUCUUGAUCUAUGAAUUGCUUGUUUUUCAGGCAGUUUACCUUUGUGAUUUCAAGAAAAUCCAAUUUUUAAAACAUGUUUUCAGUCACUGUCAUUCUGUAAAUGUAUUUUUCAGUAUUUCUUGGAGAUAAUUCAUGUAUGCAGUAACUAUGCGCUGUAGAAGCUGAAAGAAAUCAGAAAACGAAGUUAUACUUCAGUGACUUUUAGUUCUGCCAAUCAUUGGCUGGUCCUUACUUAGAAAAACAGAGGAUUGAAUUCCUAGCUCCCUGAAUUGUUUUCUCCCUGCCUAACUAUAGCAAAGAGCAGCAGAUUGCUUGAUUAUCUUGGUAUGCUGCAGAAAUUUGCCAAUUAUGGGAAAUGCCUUGCCUUUUGAAAUAAUCAAAUGUGGGAGUAUCUAAGGAAUAGAUGCUUUUUAAUACCUCACAGGGUAAGCAGGAAAUUUUCCACUCUUGCCUUUCAGCAUAUGUACAGUUAUACUAAUCAGUUGGGGAAUACCAUUCAAUCAUCUUCACUUCUAUUUAGACAUGUGUAAGGAAUAUAUGUGACAUUAAUUCAUAGCUCUAGCUGGAUGACCUUAAAGGAGUUUAGCACAGAAUAGUUUCUCAUAGAUAGCACAACUGUGAAAGUGAACUUCAUAAAAAUUACAUUUUGAUAUAUAGAUAACCAUGGCAUGGAGAAGGAAGAAAGCAUCUGUACAUGUCAGGAAAGGGAAUAUUUUUGUAUAGAUAAAAAGUAUUUCGUUAAUUAUGUCCAUUAAAAAUGACAUGCUAUUACAGCCUAAAUAAAUUCUAGCUAUGUUUUAAUUAA